AUGAAGCCCUUCAGGCUUCGCAGCCUUAGCGUGGCUGCUUUUUUAUUAGCAGCUGCAGAUACGACUCAAGCUACUGUCAACCUGGAGGCAACUGUGGUGUACACUUCAGGCAGUGAUUGCACCAGUUCGGCAGCUGGAAAACAAGUACUGGUUACGGCAGUGCCGAGUAAUAAUUGCGCAGCAAGCACUACGUGCACGGAGACACUGUCUAGUAGCUCCCUGUUUCCAGCUAUUACUUGCCCCACUACGGAUGGUACUACCUCGGGCUCUUUCAUUCAAACCGAUCUCCCAGCGCUCUUCGGGUCCAAUCCAUACGUGGUUGUUGAGUCGUACUCUUCAUCAACUUGUGCUGCAGACACUGAUAUUACAAGCAUCACAGCUUAUUUGGCGGAUGGCAAGUGCCACAAGACAGACACAUCGAAGAGCUAUCGCGCGACUCGCAAAGCCGACAAGUCGGCAAUUAUCAAGACAUACACGGACGCGGUGUGUGGCGCGGGAGAGGUGACCACCACUGUGAGUGACACUCAGGGAACGUCCAACGCCUGUACUGCCAGCACAAAGGUGUACGGUGCCGGCACGACUCCACUGUACCUGACGUCGACGAUGAACUAUGAUACGACAGCGAAUACUUGCUCGUCUGGGGCUCCGUCGUUUGUCUCAACUGCGGUUGCUAAUGUUGACACUACGUGUGCGACUACUUCUAGUUGCACAGGAGUUGCGGCUCCGUACACGGGUACCAAGUGUAGCUCUGCUUCGUCAUAUCUUACCGACAUGGCCGCUGCAUUCGGUUUGAACCCGUAUGUAAUCAUACAGAAGUACAACACUGGAAAGACUUGCGCCGACGCUGAGCUGUCAGGUAUCACGGCGUAUCUGGCCGACGGCAAGUGCCAUAAGACGGACGUUGCAAAGAGCUACCGCGCGGCUCGAAAGGCAGAUGGUUCAGCCACCGUCCAGUCUUACACGGACGCCACAUGUGGCACGCUGGGAACAACGGUCGCAGUUAACGCCGCUGACGGCGCUGCUCACACAUGCGUCUCCGACUCUAAGUUUUAUGGUGACAACGCGACUCCUCUGUACCUGACGUCUACGAUGAAUUAUGAUACGACAGCGAACACUUGCUCGUCUGGUGUUCCGUCGCUUGUCUCGACUGCGGUUGCUAAUGUCGACACUACGUGUGCGACUACUUCUAGUUGCACGGGAGUUGCGGCUCCGUAUACGGGUACCAAGUGUAGCUCUGCUUCGUCAUAUCUUACCGACAUGACUACUGCAUUCGGUUUGAACCCGUAUGUAAUCAUACAGAAGUACAACACCGGAAAGUCUUGCGCCGACGCUGAGCUGUCAGGUAUCACGGCGUAUCUGGCCGACGGUAAGUGCCAUAAGACGGAUGCUGCAAAGAGCUACCGCGCGGCGCGAAAGGCAGAUGGCUCAGCCACCGUCCUGUCUUACACGGACGCCGUAUGUGGCACGCUGGGAACAACGGUCGCAAUUAACGCCGCUGACGGCGCUGCUCACACAUGCGUCUCCGACUCUAAGUUUUAUGGUGACAACGCGACUCCUCUGUACCUGACGACUACGAUGAAUUAUGAUACGACAGCGAACACCUGCUCGUCUGGUGUUCCAUCAUUUGUCUCGACUGCGGUUGCCAAUGUUGACACUACGUGUUCGACAACUUCUGGUUGCACGGGAGUUGCGGCUCCGUUUACAGGUACCAAGUGUAGCUCUGCUGUGUCUUAUCAAAACGACAUGGCAGCUGCGUUUGGUGUGAACCCGUACAUUAUUUUGCAAAAGUAUAACACCGGAAAGGCUUGCGCAGUAGACAAGCUGUCCGGUAUUACAACGUACUUGGCGGACGGCAAGUGCCACAAAACGGGUGCGACAGCGAGCUACCGUGCGACCCGGAGUGCGGACAAUUCAGCGUCAAUUAAAACGUACACAGACGCAGUGUGUGGUACGGGUGAGACUGUUACCGCGGUGACCGUUUCUCAGGGAACCAACAACGGAUGCUACGCUGACACAAAGGUGUUUGGCGCCGGUACGACGCCGCUGUAUUUGAGCUCCACGGUGAAUUACGACACGACUACAAACACGUGUAAAUCCGGCUUACCCUCGUUGGUGACGUCAACCGUCGUCCCUGUGGAUGCGUGCUCGGCUACUACGACUUGCACUGGUCAAGCCGCACCCUACACCGGAACGUCGUGUAGCUCUACCCUAACGUACAAGGACGACAUGAUUGCUGCGUUCGGCGUGAAUCCGUACGUGAUUGUGGAGAAGUACACGGCAGGUCAGUCUUGCGCAGCAGACAAGCUGUCCGGUAUCACAACGUACUUAGCGGACGGCAAGUGCCACAAAUCGAGUUCGACAGCGAGCUACCGCGUGACGCGUAGCGCUGAUAAUUCAAUUUCUAUCAAAACGUACACGGACGCAGUGUGUGGUACGGGUGAGACUGUUACCGCGGUGACCGCUUCCCAGGGAACCAACAACGGAUGCACCAGUGACACGAAGGUAUUUGGUGCCGGUACGACGCCGCUGUAUUUGAGCUCCACGAUGAACUACGACACGACUACAAACACUUGUAAAUCCGGCUCACCCUCGUUGGUGACGUCAACCGUCGUCCCUGUGGAUGCGUGCUCGGCUACUACGACUUGCACUGGUCAAGCGGCGCCCUACACCGGAACGUCGUGUAGCUCUACCCUAACGUACAAGGAUGACAUGAUUGCUGCGUUCGGCGUGAAUCCGUACGUGAUCGUGGAGAAGUACACGGCAGGACAGUCUUGCGCAGCAGACAAGCUGUCCGGUAUCACAACGUACUUGGCGGACGGCAAGUGCCAUAAAUUGAGCUCGACUACAAGUUACCGCGCGGUCCGGAGUGCGGACAAUUCGGCAGCAAUUCAACCAUACACGGACGCAACGUGUGGCACAGCAGGCUCACUGCUGACGGUGAGCUCAACAGACGGCACAUCCAAUGCCUGUGCGUCCGACACGAAGAUUUAUGGCGCAGGUGUGACGCCGCUGUAUUUAAUUUCUACGGUGAAUUAUGAUACGAAUGCGAACUCGUGCAAGCUAGGACUACCUACCUAUGCGACGACAGCAGUUGGGACUUUUGCGGUAUGCGUACCGUCCAGCAUUUGUACAGGGCAAAGUGCUCCUUACACGGGGACAUCAUGUAGUUCAACGCUGACGUACAAGGAUGAUAUGGCUGCUGCGUUCGGACCGAAUCCGUACUUGAUCGUGGAGAAAUACACAGCCGGACAGUCCUGCGCCGCUGAUAAGUUGUCGGGUAUCACGGCGUACUUAGCGAACGGCAAAUGCCACAAAACCAGUGCAACGACAAGCUACCGCGCGACGCGGAAGGGGGACGGUUCGGCAACAGUCAAGAUUUACACAGACGCAAUUUGUGGCACGGGAGAGACUGUGACGUCUGUGACAGCCCCCCAGGGAACCAACAACGCCUGCACCGCCGACUCAAAGGUGUAUGGCGCCGGUAAAACCCCGUUGUAUUUGACUUCCAUUUCGAACUACGAUGCGAAUACCAGCGCAUGCAAGUCGGGACUACCAUCGUAUGUGGCGACGACAGUUGCGGAUUUCGCUGUAUGCGUUGCGUCAAGCGAUUGUACUAGUCAAAGUGCACCGUAUACGGGGAAAUCGUGCAGUUCAACACUGACAUUCAAGGAUGAUAUGGCUGGCGCGUUCGGAUCGAAUCCGUACGUGAUCGUGGAGAAAUACAACUCCGGUCAGUCGUGUGCUGCGGGCGAGCUUUCCGCUGUAACGACCUACCUGGCGGACGGCAAGUGCCACAAAACGGACUUGUCGACAAGCUACCGCGCUACACGAAAGGUGGACGGCUCGGCAAUUGUUCAACUCUACUCGGACGCGAUGUGUGGAGCGGCCGGAUCACAGCUAACUGUGACCGCCGCCCAAGGCACCGACCAUUCGUGCUUCUCUGAUACGAAGGUGUAUGGUGCCGGCUCAACACCAUUUUUCUUAACUUCUACGGUGAGCUAUGAUUCGGAUGCGAACACUUGCACGUCGGGGGCCCCGGCAUUCGUGUCAACUGCGAUCGGAAAUACCGACAGCUGUAUCGCUUCGGUUGCUUGCACCGGGUCAGCCGCUCCAUUUACAGGAACCAGUUGUGGAACUGUGUCCUCGUACAAGGCUGACAUGGCUGCUGCGUUUAUCUCGAAACCAUACGUGAUUGUCAAGAAAUACAACACCGGGAAGAAGUGCGCCGCAAUGGAUCUGUCUGGGAUCACAACGUACUUGGCAGACGGAAGCUGCCACAAGUCUGGAGCGUCGACAAGUUACGCGGCGACGCGAUCCGCGGAUGGAUCUGCUAUCAUUCAGUCAUACACUGACGCCGUGUGCGGUGCAGUUGGAACGCGAUUGACUGUGACCGCCGCGCAGACCGCAAACUCGUGCGCGGCCGAUGGCAGUGGAAUCGCUGACACGAAAGUGUAUGGCAGCGGUAAAACGGAGAAGGUUUAUUCGUCGACUUUUUACUUCGACACCAACACGAACAGCUGCCAGUCGGGCUUGCCGACGCAAGUUGUCACGGUGAAGGCGGAUGUGGGUGGGUGCCCUGCCACGACAACCUGCACAGGACAAGCGGCGCCGUACACAGGAACCAAGUGUGGCUCAACACUGGCGUACAAGGAUGAUAUGGCUGCUGCAUUUGGUUCGAAUCCGUAUUUGAUCGUGGAGAAGUACACAGCUGGGCAGUCUUGCGCUGUCGAGAAGCAAUCUGGCAUCACGACGUACCUGGCGGAUGGCAAGUGCCACAAGACUGGAUCGGCGACAAGUUAUCGUGCCACCCGUAAUACCGACAAUUCAGCCACUAUUACGACGUUCACGGAUGCUGUGUGCACCGCAGGAGUGUCCCUACAAACAGUGAGCGCUUCGGACGGUACAUCCAACGCCUGCUCGUCGGACACGAGAGUUUAUGGUGGUGGCACGACACCGCUGUAUCUGAGCUCAACGGUGAAUUACGACACGAACCUGAAUUCAUGCAAAUCCGGUGUACCGUCGUUCAUAGCAACAAAUGUGGUCGCUAUUGAUGUGUGUUCGGCGACAAUGGAAUGUACAAACCAAGCUGCGCCUUACACGGGAACGUCGUGCAGCUCAACGCUAUCGUACAAGAAUGAUGUGGCUGCUGCAUUCGGAUCGAGUCCGUACGUGAUUGUGGAAAAGUACAAUUCCGGACAGUCUUGCGCUGUAUCAGAGUUGGCUGGUAUAACUACGUACUUGGCGGACGGUAAAUGUCACAAAACGGACACAUUGAAGAGCUACCGAGCGACACGAAAGGAGGACUUUUCGGCGUCUGUUAAAACAUACACAGAUGCGAUAUGUGGUUCAGGUGAAACAGUGACGUCUAUUAGUGCUACUCAGGGAGGUACGAACGCCUGCACUGCCGACACCAAAGUGUACGGCGCCGGUGCGACACCGUUGUACUUGACCUCUACGGUGAACUACGAUUCCGACUCGACCUCGUGCUCGUCUGGGGUUCCUUCGUCAGUCUCUACGGCUGUUGCUAACGUGGAUACGACAUGCACUACAACCAAGGUAUGUACGGGCAAUGCGGCGCCGUACACGUCUACAAAGUGUAGCUCCGUGUCUUCAUAUCAAAACGACAUGGCUACAGCAUUUAGUUCAAGCCCAUAUGUGAUCGUAGAGAAGUACAACACCGGGAAGAAGUGCGCCGCAAUGGAUCUGUCUGGCAUCACAACGUACUUGGCAGACGGAAGCUGCCACAAGUCUGGAGCGUCGACAAGUUACGCGGCGACGCGAUCCGCGGAUGGAUCUGCUAUCAUUCAGUCAUACACUGACGCCGUGUGCGGUGCAGCUGGAACGCGAUUGACUGUGACCGCCGCGCAGACCGCAAACUCGUGCGCGGCCGAUGGCGGUGGAAUUGCUGACACAAAAGUGUAUGGCAGCGGUAAAACAGCGAAGGUUUAUUCGUCGACUUUUUACUUCGACACGAACACGAACAGCUGCCAGUCGGGCUUGCCGACGCAAGUUGUCACGGUGAAGGCGGAUGUGGGUGGGUGCCUUGCCACGACAACCUGCACAGGACAAGCAGCGCCUUACACAGGAACCAAGUGUGGCUCAACACUGGCGUACAAGGAUGAUAUGGCUGCUGCGUUUGGUUCAAAUCCGUAUUUGAUCGUGGAGAAGUAUACAGCUGGGCAGUCUUGCGCUGUCGAGAAGCUAUCUGGCAUCACGACGUACCUGGCGGAUGGCAUGUGCCACAAGACUGGUUCGGCGACUAGUUAUCGCGCGACGAGGAAGGCGGAUGGUUCCGCAACGAUCCAGCCGUACACGGAUGGGACGUGUGGCACGGCGGGAACCCUGGUGACUGUGACGGCCGCGCAGACGUCGAACUCGUGCGCUGCGGAUGCGAAUGGAUUAGUUGACACGAAGGUAUAUGGAGGAGGCGCCACGCCGCUCUAUUUGACGUCAACGAUGAACUUCGAGACGAAUGGAAACUCAUGCAAGUCUGGUCUUCCGUCGCUGGUCACUUCUAGUGUCACUGUUGUGGAUGCGUGUACAUCGACAUCGACUUGUGCCACUCAAGCUGUGCCUUUCACCGGAACGUCGUGCAGCUCUACAUUGACGUACAAGGACGACAUGGCUGCUGCGUUUGGCUCGAAUCCGUAUUUGAUCGUGGAGAAGUACACAGCUGGGCAGUCCUGUGCCACCGACAAACUUUCCGGGGUCACGACAUACCUGGCGGAUGGAAAAUGCCACAAGACGGACUCAACGACUAGUUACCGCGCGACUCGGAAGGCCGACGGCUCCGCGUCUGUCCAAUCCUACACCGACACUAUCUGUGGCACGACAGGAUCGCUGUUUACUGUGUCUACUCAGCAGACAGCAAACUCGUGCGCAUCGAACGCCAAUGGUAUCAUUGACACUAAAGUGUACGGUGCCGGUGCUACUCCGCUAUACUUGACUUCUACUACAAAGUACGAAACGAACUCGAACUCCUGCAAGUCGGGCCUGCCGUUGCUGGUCACGGCAGCUGUGGUCGGUGUGGAUGCGUGUGCAGCGACAUCGACGUGCACCGGUCAGUCAGCGCCAUACACAGGAACGACAUGCAGUUCUACCCUGACGUACAAGGAUGACAUGGUUGCUGCGUUCGGGUCGAACCCUUUUGUGAUUGUGGAAACAUAUAACGCUGGACAAUCUUGCGCUGCCGCGGAACUGUCCGGAAUCACCACAUACUUGGCAGAUGGGAAGUGCCACAAGACGGAUUCGGCGAAGAGCUACCGUGCGACGCGAAAGCCCGAUGGAUCUGCGAGCGUCCAAAUUUUCACGGACGCGGUCUGUGAAGCAGCGGGUACACUGUUUACUGUAAAUGGAGCUGAUGGCACCGCACGAUCAUGCGUUUCCGACACGAAGGUGUACGGUGUUGGUGCGACUGGCAUGGCUUGGUCUUCGAUUGCCAUUUCUGACAGCAAAUCUUGCACGGCACCGACACAGAUGACUUUGACCAGCCAGUUCGCUUGUGUGGACGCCGGCUGCUUUGAUUUUGGAGAUCGCUCAAUCUCGUACUCGUGCGGCAACGACUACAUUGCGGCAGCAAAGAAAACUUUUGGUAGCUCUGCUCCGUUCGUUGUCGUGGAAGUUUUCAAGGACGGAACGUCAUGUGGCAUAAUGGAAGGCGUCAUGGCAUACAUUGCAGACACGAAGUGCCACAAAGGCAUUGACGGUGGGUCGAGUUUCUCGGUCACAUUGGCCACCGACGGAUCCGUGUCAAUGCUUACGUACGAAGAAAGGGAGUGCAAGGACGCAACGCCUUUUACAACGUUGCUGACAAAAGAGCAGCUGUCUUCACACCAAUGCGUCGGAAGUGUCAGGUACUACGCGUUCAAUGUCCCCACGCCGCCAACUGUUGCCCCAGCCACUGCUGCUCCGCCAACGGCUCCAACAACAGCACCUACAACGGCACCGACGUCUGCACCAACUUCGGCUACUCCGACCGGUACCGGCUCGGCAAACACCGGUGACUCAUCGGGUGCAGCACCUCUUUUCACGCUCACUGCAACAGGCUUGUGGCUGCUUGGAUGGAUGGCUGGUUUGCUGCUGUAAGCUGGAGUGUCACGUUGGAGUGUCACGGUGAGGCGACGAACCUCUUAACCGUAGAGUACGAAGUUUCACCAACCAUUUUAUUCUUCCGGCGGUCGUUCGGUGACUGCUUUAAGUAGGAAAACUUGCCUACAUUCAUUUGAAUUACAAUUUGCAUUUCCUUGAAUUUCUAAA